UUCAUUCUUAGGAUCCUCAAUUCGUGGUAUUCUUUUAUUCUUUCUUUUAGUGGAAUGAGCAAUUGCUUUCUUUUCGGAGGAAGUAGGUGCAUUCUAAGAGAAUGAACUUAGAAGCUGGGUCAUGCUGAAGACGAUGGGGUAGUUAGUGCCCAAUAGCCAGUUCGUUGGGUUCACACACAAGUAAAUAUAGUAAUAAUGUAGGAAUGACAGAAAAAUGUUUGGGUCGUUCUCGCAAUGAUAUUCUUCGUUAAUUCUUUGGAAGAGGAAGAUUUACUUCAACUUCUUGAUUUAAUAACACAAUAAAUUAAAGGAUUAAUUAAUUUAUUUAAAAAGAAAGUUGGAAUUAGGUCAUGCAACGAUCGUAGAUUGGACUUGAACCACAUCAAGAUCGUUUUGUUCGCUACUCCUAAAUUACUGAAGACGAUUCCGAUAUACUCCAUUGUGGGCUUUAUCAAUGUUGCCAAUCCCAUACAGAAAGGAAACUUUUACAGUUCCUUAAUGAAUUUGACAAUACAGAAACAUUUCUUUUUUAACUUACACUUUAUGGUACUACUGUACUACACUCUCACUCAACCAAACCUGUUAUAUGAAAGAAAGUAAAUAAUACCAGCGCAUUUCGUUACCCUCUUUUUGAACCGAAUAAUUCAAUGCAAUGCAAUACGUUUAUUUUCGCUUGUAGGCUAUUGUCUAACGGUCUUCACGCUGGUCUUCUUCAGCCCACUGAAUUCAAAUUCAUCUCAUCCUGAGUUGAUAGACAGUAUUGUAUAGCUGUAUACUUAAAUGUUUUGCAUUUUUUUUUUAUAUUAACAGAUGACUGAAUUUUUGUCAACUAAAAUAAUUAAUUUGAUUUCUAAAUUAUUAAUGCAAAUUUAUUUUUUUUUUUUAAUGAAAAGAAAGAAAAGUACCAACCGUGCUCCCUCUUGUAGGAAACAAAAGAAGAAAAAAAAUCGUCCACGUAAAUCGGCGUCAGAAUCAUCUCAAGAAUCCGAAGAUCAUGAAUCCAAAAGUGAUGAUUGGUUAGAAUAUGACAAAUCCGUUAAAGAUGUCACAUCAGUUGAUGGUUACUAUUCGACUGAAGAUGAGGAAUCAGCUGAUGAUACAAUCAGUAGCAAAGAAGGAAGUAGCAUUACGAAGAAAAGUCGCCUGAAGACCAUAAUGACUUUUGUACCCUUUCUUCGAAAAUGUGGGCCCCCUCUGAAAUAUGAUCCUGAAUUCAAAGGUCCAAGAAAGAGAAGAUCAUGCACAGAUAUUAUAUGCCUGUUCCUUUUCACAGGAUUUGUCAUUGCUUGGGUACUAGUUGGUAUCUUUGCACUUAAAAAAGGUAACCCUGAAAAAAUUUUAAGGCCAACAGAUUCAUCCGGUAGAAAAUGUGGUUUGGAUUCUGAAGUCAUCGACCGGCCGUAUUUAUUUUUCUUUGACUUAACGAAAUGUGCUGAUCCGUCUGUAGUGCUCAAUGGUUGUGACACACCACAGGUUUGUGUCAAAAAAUGUCCGGAAACUCAGUGGAAUGCUGAACAGUAUAUUAGUGGUGGCAAACCAUUUGAUCUCAAUGAUGUUCAAAAUAAUUUAAUAUGCAUAAGUGAUGCUAUAAAAAGUAGUAUUGUUGGUUUGUCUCAGCUGCGAAAUGCUGUCAGCUCAAACCAGUGUGCUGGAUGGUAUACUGUCUCUACACCUUGUGAUCUGUUGAUAGUGCAUAGGCGCUGUAUACCAUCAUUUAUCAAUAAUACUGAGAUUAGUUGGAAAACAUUUAACAAGGAGAUAUCUCAGGCAAUAAUUACGCUUCGUGAAACUUUAAGUUCCUAUACUCCAGCUGGCAAAAUUAGUGAGGUAUUAAAAGCAUGCAUCAUUUCACUGAGCUUCAGUAGUGGUGCCGGAUGUUCUGGUAGUUUCCAACUAAUUUCUUGA